GUAUAAUGGAUCCCUCCCCAAUGGUGACAGAGGACGCAGGAAAAGCAGAUUUGCCCUUUAUAAGCGACCUAAGGCAAACGGAGUUAAGCCCAGCACUGUUCAUGUGAUUUCUACUCCCCAAGCAUCAAAGGCGAUCAGCUGUAAAGGUCAGCACAGUAUCUCUUACACAUUGUCCAGAAACCAGACUGUUGUGGUGGAGUAUACUCACGAUAAAGAUACAGACAUGUUUCAGGUCGGGAGGUCAACAGAAAGUCCCAUCGACUUUGUAGUAACAGAUACUAUUUCUGGAAGUCAAAACAACGAUGAAACCCAGAUUACCCAAAGCACCAUAUCCCGUUUUGCGUGCAGGAUUGUUUGUGACAGGAGCCCACCAUAUACAGCAAGGAUUUUUGCAGCUGGAUUUGACUCGUCUAAAAAUAUAUUUCUUGGUGAAAAAGCAGCAAAAUGGAAAAAUCCUGAUGGCCACAUGGAUGGAUUGACAACGAAUGGGGUGCUGGUCAUGCAUCCAAAAGGAGGGUUCACCGAGGAGUCCAAACCCGGCGUUUGGCGGGAGAUCUCGGUCUGCGGUGAUGUGUACACUCUCCGGGAAACCAGAUCCGCUCAGCAAAGGGGGAAACUGGUGGAAAAUGAGACCAACGUCCUACAAGAUGGAUCUCUCAUUGACCUGUGUGGGGCCACCCUUCUGUGGAGAACAGCCGAUGGACUGUUCCACACUCCAACUCAGAAACACAUCGAAGCUCUGCGACAGGAGAUAAACGCUGCCAGACCACAGUGUCCUGUUGGGUUAAACACGUUAGCAUUUCCCAGCAUCAACCGUAAAGACGUGGUGGAAGAGAAGCAGCCUUGGGCGUACCUCAGCUGUGGUCAUGUUCACGGCUAUCACAACUGGGGACAUCGCAGCGACACGGAAGCCAACGAGCGGGAAUGUCCUAUGUGCAGAACCGUUGGCCCCUAUGUGCCUCUCUGGCUUGGUUGUGAAGCAGGCUUUUAUGUGGAUGCUGGUCCUCCAACUCAUGCUUUCACCCCCUGUGGACAUGUGUGCUCUGAGAAAUCUGCAAAAUACUGGUCUCAAAUCCCACUGCCUCAUGGUACUCAUGCAUUUCACGCUGCCUGCCCUUUUUGUGCAACACAGCUGUCUGGGGAACACAACUGCAUCAAGCUAAUUUUUCAGGGUCCAAUUGACUGAUGUCACUGCAAUGACCACAAUAAAUUUUCUUUAACUACUUACUGUGAAGAUUUUGCCACUAACUCUAGAUUUUACCUUUUUUUAUAAUGUUAUUAAUAGGGUGGUAGGGUGGGGAGGGGGAACUGACGAGGAAAUUGCGAGGGACUGUGGUGGAAUUGGGAUACAUUGAUACCUGGAACUUGGCAGAUAUCGGUGGUGUUGCAUGCUCAAAAGCAGCAUAUUCAUGAAGUCUUCUUGGUCAAAUUGUAGUAUAUUUGUAAUCUUUUUAUUAGCACCCUGGAUCAGAAAAAGGUGUCUUAAUGAUUUUUUUAAGCUAAGAUUUUUUUAAUGGAAAGGUUUUUUCUUCUAAACUUUGACAAGCCUUUAAAACCUAUUUUUCAAAUCUAGAAGGAACAUACAGAAUGUAUCUCUUUAAUUUGCAAUAUAAUUUAACUUGAAUAGUUUCUCAAGGAGCUAAUACAGAAUGUGUGGACAACCAUAGGUGAAUGUUCACUAGGGAUAAUUGGAUAUGUAAGAGAAAAAUUAGCUGCCUAAAUUGUAGAGUAUAAAAGCUAUUAAAAUUUCUAUUAUAGUAUAACACAGCUGGCCAAAAAGGCAUCAAGGAUUACUUGAAACUGAGGAAAUCCUGUUUGCAUCGAUUUCCUUUCAGUGUAAUAGAUCUCCACUGUUCGUUGUGUAUGGUAUAUGGCUGGGUUUUUUUGUUUCUUUUUUUUUCCCCCUCGUUUAACCUGCAUCUGGUAAAACUGCUUUACUUUUUUUACAUACUUAGUUCUGGUUUUUAAGCCAGUGU